CAGCUCAUUAUCCAUGUGUUGUUCUUAUCUCACUCAUUGACAAUACUUUUUAUAAGAAUAUAAAUAUACUUUAUCCUUCUUCAUAUUCAUCACCAAAAUCAUUUCAUUCAAUUACUUCUCACACUUUGUUGCUAGUUUCCAAAAUGGAUCAUCAAGCAGAAGCUAACAGAACUGAUUUGAUGACAAUUACUCGCUUUGUUCUCAAUGAACAAUCAAAGUUUCCUGAAUCACGCGGAGAUUUCACCAUCCUUAUUAGUCACAUUGUUCUUGGCUGCAAAUUCGUUUGCUCUUCUGUUAACAAGGCAGGAUUGGCAAAACUCUUAGGACUUGCCGGAGACACCAAUAUUCAAGGCGAGGAACAAAAGAAAUUGGAUGUGAUUUCUAAUGAAGUAUUUGUGAAAGCGUUAAUCAGCAGUGGAAGAACGUGUCUUCUUGUUUCCGAAGAGAAUGAAGAUGCUAUCAUUGUGCCACCAUCGCAACGUGGCAAAUACAUUGUUGUCUUUGAUCCUUUGGAUGGAUCCUCAAACAUUGAUUGUGGAGUUUCUAUAGGAACUAUCUUUGGUAUUUACAUGGUGAAGGAUACAAACAAUGUUACCAUUCAAGAUGCUUUGCAACCUGGUAGUAAAUUAGUAGCAGCUGGUUAUUGCAUGUAUGGAAGCUCUUGCACGUUUGUGCUUAGCACUGGAUAUGGAGUGAAUGGUUUCACACUUGAUCCUUCCCUUGGAGAGUUCAUAUUGACUCAUCCAAACAUCAAGGUACCUAAGAAAGGGAAGAUUUAUUCGGUGAAUGAAGGAAAUGCGAAAAACUGGGAUGAACCAACUUCCAAAUAUGUAGCAAAUUGCAAGUUUCCACAAGAUGGUUCAUCACCGAAAUCUCUUAGGUACAUUGGAAGUAUGGUAGCUGAUAUCCAUAGAACAUUGCUAUAUGGUGGUAUCUUCAUGUACCCUGCUGAUAUCAAAAAUCCAAAUGGAAAACUAAGGGUUUUGUAUGAAGUGUUUCCAAUGUCAUAUUUGAUGGAACAAGCAGGAGGUCAAGCUUUCACAGGAAAACAAAGGGCACUCGACUUGGUUCCAGAGAAAAUACAUGAUAGAUCACCAAUAUUCCUUGGAAGCUAUGAUGAAAUUGAGAAAAUCAAAGAGCUCUAUGAGGAAUCUUAGAGUCUCUUUAGAAGAAAGAUUUUAAAAGGUUUUAUAAGAUAGGUCUACAUUUUAAUAUAUAGUUGCAACUUUUAGCCACUAAUGUAACCCUUUGUAUCAACAUCAUUUGUACUAUCAAUCAUUUCACUGGUUUUAAAAGACAAACUUGGUUACUUGCUAUACAAAAAGAAAUAUUUUUGAUCA